AUGUCAUCAACAUCACCAGAUGAAACAAUUCCGUCAACUAGUAAUGAGUUUUUAAUACAUAAUUCUCUUGAUAUGGCUCAAAUAAAUGCUCAUAAAGCUUCGAAUACUCCGCAAAAUAAUACAGCUGAUCUUGAUUCACAUAAUGAAAUUCCAAUGAAUCUAUUACCUGCUGACAAACAUCCAUAUUGGAAUAAUGUUCCAUCAGGACGUACAAAUAUUGAAGAUGCUCCUCAACUUGAGUAUGAUGAACAUCAUAUUGAUUUAAUAGCAGAUAGAGAAGUCGAUGAUUAUGAAUUAGAGUACGACGGUGCCGAUUUACGGCAACAUCUUGGUUAUGAAGAUCACCAACAUGAUUUGGGUUUCAGUGGCGAUGAGGAUAAUGGCGGUGAUGUAUAUAACAAUGAGAGUUUAUCUAAUACAAAUAAAAAUCGAGGUGCAAUCAAAGGCAAUAUAACAUCAGAUGGAAUUAUUGAUGAUGAUUUUGAAUCAGAAUUAGGUGGACAUGAACCAGCAAAUUUACAUGAUACAGAAGAUGUUGAUUAUCAAUUAAUGGCAAAAAUCGCCGAAUAUGGAAUUAUUGAAUGUUGUGGUGAUGAUAAAUUUGGUCGUAAAACGAUUGUUUGCUCAGCAUGUCGUUUACCUUCUGAGGAUGUUAUUAAAAACAGUGAUUUUAAAACAAUACAAAAAUUUCAUGAAUGUUUACUAAAAUACUUUUUGAGAACAUUUGAUCAAUAUGUUGAUGUAGAUUAUGUUAUUAUUUAUUUUCAUCAUGGAUUACGUUCGUAUAAUCGACCAUCUUAUGGUUGGUUAAUGAAAGCUUAUGUUAGAAUUGAUCGAAAAUAUAAGAAGAAUUUAAAAGCAGUUUAUAUAGUACAUCCAACAAAAUGGAUAAAAUUUUUAUGGCCAGUUCUUCGGUCAAUUAUAAGUGCAAAAUUUUCUCGUAAAGUAACUUAUAUCAAUCGUCUUGGUGAACUAGCAGAAUAUAUUCAUCUAGAAAAUAUUCGAAUACCUAAUGAAGUUAAAACUUUUGAUCCUGUUGUUCGUUCACAAUUACCAGCUGGUCAAAUACGACCAACAACGAAAUUUCAUGUUUCACUUCAAUUUAUUCUAGAAAAUGAACCAGGCGAAACUGUACCAAUUGUUAUUCGUCAAACAAUUGAUUAUAUUAAAAAUAAUGGACUUAAUGAACCAGGAAUAUUUCGAAGAGCUGCACUUGUUUCAUUAAUUAAACAAAUACAAGAAAAAUAUAAUGAAGGUCAACCAGUUAUGUUUGAACAGUAUGGAGAUGUUCAUUUGGCAGCAUGUGUUUUAAAAACAUUUUUACGAGAUUUAUCUGAACCAAUAAUGACUUUUCGUUUAUAUCCCGAACUUCUCGGCCUCUCAGGUACAUUAAAACGACCUGAUCAAGUUGAUAUUAUUCGAGAUCUUAUUAUUGAAAAAUUACCAGCACAAAAUUAUAAUGUUUUGAAAUAUUUAAUUGAAUUUUUAAAUUUGGUGGCUAACUAUUCAGAUACAAAUUUGAUGACAACAUCGAAUUUAUCAAUCGUUUUUGGACCUAAUCUAGCAUGGUCUGAAGAUGAUCAAAUGAAUACAUUGGCUAAUUAUUCACUUAUAAAUACAUUUACAGAAAUUUUAAUUGCACGUUACACUGAACUCUUUUUAAAAUAA